AUGAAAUAUUAUUUUAUUUAUUUAGGUCGUCUUGAUCAAUUAAUUUAUAUUCCAUUACCGGAGGACAAAUCACGGAUGGCUAUUCUAAAAACUUCUUUAAGAAAAUCAUCUGUACCUAAAGAUGUUGAUAUGAAUUAUUUGACUAAUGUAACCGAAGGUUUUAGUAAUGCUGAUUUAACAAAAAUUUGCCAACGAGCUUGUAUAUUAGCUACAAGAGAAUCCAUUGAAAAAAAACAACAACGUAUCCGUCCAACAACAAUGGAUUCUGAUGAACCAGCUCCAGAACUAGAAAUUCGUCGUGAUCAUUUUGAAGAAGCUAUGAAAUUUGCUCGACGAUCAGUUAGUGAUAAAGAUAUAAGUAAAUAUGAAAUGUUUGCUCAGACAUUAGAACAAUCACGUGUUUUCGGUACACAAUUUCGUUUUCCUGGUCAAUAA